UGGUAAUUCUUUGGUACAGGAGCCUGAAUCUCUGUUGAAUGAGACAUCUACGAUUAUAUUAAUGCACGCUGUGAAAUUAAAAGGUAGACAAACAAAGCCCAUUAAAAAGGGUGCCAAAAGAAAAGCUGAAACACCCAAUACAGCAUUGCCUCUCGAUCAAUCCGUUCAAAAUGAUUUUCCUAAUCAAAUUUCAAAUGCGAGGCGAGUGAUUCAGUCAACUCAACCUUUCAAACCUAUCCCUUCCAAAAAUGGAUGUUUACAUUUGAAGGAGUAUAAAGAGAACAAUAGGUACACGUAUCUGGACAAUUAUAAUACUAUUGCUGAAUUAUCAAUGCAUUGGUAUCGUAUUGGAAUACCUAAUGAAGGUGUUAAAGACUUUGAUGGCUUAAGGAGAGAUCGCGAAAUCAUUCUUAGUCAUCAGAAAUGUUCAAUAUGCUCAUUUAAAGGUGAUCGUCUUCACGCCUGUUUAGAUUGUGUAUUUAUCGGUUGUUGGCGCGAUCAACGUCACGCUCUAAAACAUUUUCAUGGUACUACUCAUACCUUCGCUAUGGACAUCGUAAGGUUAGCCUUAUUCUGUUUUAAGUGUGGUGAUUAUGUAUAUGACCUCGAUUUUGAAACUGCAAAAACGUUACAAGAAGUGCGUGUGGCGGAAAGAGAAUCAAAUCUAAAAGAACCCUGUGCAAAACGUGCUCGGUAUGUUUCUUGGCAAUCAAACUCUGAAGAAGCUGCUAAUAUAUCCAGAAAUUCAACACCACUUCCUUGUUCCGGUUUACGAGGUCUUUUUAACAUGGGCGCCACAUGUUUCAUGAACGCCAUCUUGCAAACUUUUCUAACAAACCCGCUUAUCAAAAACUAUUUUAUGACGGACAAACAUAAUAACAAGCUAUGUGGCACAGCAGGUUGUAUGUGCUGCGAAAUCGAUAAUCUUUUUCAGGAAUUCCAUUCAGGAGAAAAGAAACCAUACCCACCAUGUAGUUUCCUUCAUGCUAUGUGGCUGAGUUCAAAAGAACUCGCCGGUUAUGCUGAACAAGAUGCUCACGAGUUUUAUUUGGCUGCUAUUAAUAAAAUGCAUUCUGAUUCUAAAGAAAGUAUUUUAGAACCGUUAAGUAGCAGUGGUCAAAAAUGCGAGUGUAUUAUGCAUAAAACGUUUGGGGGCGUUUUUCAAUCUCGCAUUAAGUGUAAAGUAUGUAACGAUGUAAAGACCAAGGAAGAACCAUUGGUUGAAUGGCAACUUCACCUUCGUGGUUCUCCAACUCAACAAAAGAAAAAAAAUGGUCAUACCAAGGCUUCGAUAGAAAACUAUACUGAUGAGAUGGGUGAUAAAAAUACUUUACAACUUUGCCUUGAAAGAUAUACCGCGGAAGAACAGAUCAUGGAUUAUAAGUGUGAUGUUUGUAACUUAAAUUAUUUGGAAGAAGGAGUACCUUUUAAUCAGAUUCCAGCAAGUAGUGAAGCUUGUACAAGAAGAUUUAGUUGUAAAAAAUUGCCUCCAGUCUUAACUUUUGUUGUUGAACGUUUUAGUCGAGAAGGAAAAACAACAUCAAAAAACGAAGCACCCUUUGAAUUUCCAGAGGAAAUUAAUAUGACUAAAUGGACAAGCCUCGCUCAAGAGGUUCUGGAGCAGGGUGGAUCAUUAGAUGACCUGCCCGAUUUUAAAUAUAACUUGAUAUCUGUUGUAAAUCAUGAAGGCAAGAUAAACACUGGCCACUAUACAGUAUAUUGUAAGAACAGAGACCAAUGGUUUUUGUUUGAUGAUCAUGCUGUGAAGCUCGCGGACAUUGAUGAUGUUCUACAGAGCAAACGAAAAGCAUAUUUAUGCUUUUACAUUGCUGACACUCUAGAAUAUGAUCAGCUUUGA